AUUGUAUGUGAUACAGUUACAAGCUAUUGUUUCUUACAGAAUAUUGAUGUUUCAUAGAUUAGAAUUUUUAAUUGUCCUGAAUUCAAGAUUCUAGAUCCAGCAACACAAUACCUUGAAAUAUUUUAGUGUCAAAAAAAAAUGGAAUCUCUUAUUACAAUAGGCAUUGAAAAUUUGACUCCAACCAUUUUAUCUGGAAAUUCAACUAUGGCAUUGGAUAAUAUACUAAUAACGACGAACGGACCUCGAGCUUUGCAACAAAUCAUGGGUUUUAAAAAUCAGACUGUAAUAGAUAAAGUACCUCCGGAUAUGCUGCACUUAAUUGAUCCACAUUGGUACCGGUUUCCAUCAAUGGAUCCAAUAUGGCAUAAAAUUCUAGGUCUUGUAAUGGUCAUAUUAGUAUUUAUGGGAUGGAUCGGUAAUGGUGUGGUGAUAUAUAUAUUCUUAAUGACACCAUUCCUGAGAACACCGAGCAAUCUUCUCGUGAUAAAUUUGGCUUUUUCGGACUUUAUCGUGAUGAUUAUCAUGUCACCUCCUAUGGUAAUCAACUGUUAUUAUGAGACUUGGGUAUUAGGCCCUUUAAUGUGUGAUAUAUAUGCCAUGGUUGGCUCUUUGUGUGGAUGUGCUUCAAUAUGGACUAUGACUGCUAUUGCUUUAGAUCGAUAUAAUGUUAUAGUAAAAGAUAUGGCGGGAAAACCACUAACUAUCAAAAAAGCAUUACUUGAAAUUUUAUUGAUUUGGAUUUUCGCUUUGGUAUGGACAAUUUUAUCUAUGGUGGGAUGGAACAGUUAUGUGCCAGAAGGCAAUAUGACUGCUUGUGGGACAGAUUAUCUUAUCAAAGAUUGGAGUUCUAAAUUUUAUAUCUUGAUGUAUUCGAUAUUUGUAUAUUAUACGCCGCUCUUCACUAUAAUUUACAGCUAUUACUUUAUCGUUUCGGCAGUAAGUGCUCAUGAAAAAACAAUGAGAGAACAAGCCAAGAAGAUGAAUGUCCAACCUUUGCGAUCUGGAGAUAAUCAAAACAUGAGCGCAGAAGCAAAAUUGGCAAAGGUAGCUUUAAUGACUAUUUCCUUAUGGUUCAUGGCAUGGACGCCAUAUCUGGUUAUCAAUUACAUAGGUAUUUUUGGGGGUGCUAGCAUUAGUCCUCUUUCCACCAUCUGGGGAUCUCUCUUUGCAAAGGCAAACGCUAUAUAUAAUCCAAUUGUUUAUGGAAUUAGAUAAAUGUCAUCCAAAGUAUAGAGCAGCACUAAAGCUACCAUUCCUUGUAUAUGGCUCGACUGAGGAUCUAUCUGCGGCUACGAAAAUUACAGAGACAGAAUCGACGGUGACCACAGCGUAAUUUCGAGCAAUGUAUUCUAAUUUCUAAAUGAUGCAAUUAGAAUAUAUUUCUCAAGAAUAUCGACGAAUCUCAGUGCUAAUAGAUAUGUGAUAAAUAUGUGAAAUAUGUGCAAAUUUGUAAAACUUCAAUAUUUGGCGGAUAGCUAAUAAUAUACAAAGAGCUGUGUAUAUGAAAUGUUGAGGACUAACUCUACAAUAUGUUGUACAAAAUGAACUUUUAUUUGGUUUUAAGUGUUCUCUUUUGUUCUCUACUUGUAUCGCAGGUGUUAAAUAUUACUGCUUUUAUAAGGAUGAAAGAUAGAAGAAUACUUAGCCAAUUGUAGUAAGCAACAGGAUAUUAUUCAAUAAAUCAUUUGUAAUAAUUUAA